GACAGAAAAGAUGCUCCCUAAUGGAACCUUUCAAGGGAUAUCCCCAACGGAAAUCACUUCAAAAAGUCAAAGAAAACGCACAACCCUCUCUGUUUUUUAUUUUUAAGAAGGAAGUAAUCAAAUUCAGCUCCAUUCCAUUGAUGUGCAUGAAGAGUUUAUAAGAUCCUUUAAGUCAAGAGCAAAUGAAAAGAAUAAGACAUCAUCUUAAACUAUUGACUCAAAUCCCACAAGCUCAGACACAGAAAAUCUGCAGAUGUUUCUGUCAGGGAACUCAAGUAACUCAACUUUCUCCGAACCAUAAUGAUUCAUCAGAUGAUUUUGCUGUGGUUUCACCAAGAAUCAGACUCAGAGAUGGGAGGCACCUUGCCUAUGUUGAGAGAGGUGUCUCCAAGGACAUAGCAAAAUACAAGAUCAUCAUUGUUCACGGCUUUGGAAGUUCCAAAGAGAUGAAUUUUCUGGCACCCCAGGAAUUAAUAGAUGAAUUGGGGAUAUAUCUUCUGCAAUAUGACCGGGCUGGAUAUGGAGAAAGUGAUCCAAACCCCAAACGCUCACUAAAAAGUGAAGCACUUGACAUUCAAGAGCUGGCUGAUCAGCUACAAUUAGGACCACAAUUUUAUGUGAUUGGAGUCUCAAUGGGUUCAUAUGCUACCUGGAGUUGUCUAAAGUAUUUGCCUCACAGGCUUGCAGGGUUGGCACUGAUAGCCCCAGUCAUCAAUUACAGGUGGCCUUCAUUCCCUGGGAGUUUGAUAAGGGAGGACUAUAGGAGGAAACUUGUUCAGUGGGCACUGUGGCUUGCAAAUCACUGUCCUAAACUAUUGCAUUGGUGGGUCACUCAAAAGUGGCUCCCUUCAGCUGCUGUUAUAGAAAAGAACCCAGCAUUCUUCAACAAAAGUGAUAUAGAUAUUCUAAAGACAAUACCCGGGUUCCCAAUGCUUACCAAGGACAGUUUAAAGGAACAGGAUGUUUUUGACACUCUUCGCCAUGACUGGAGGGUGGCUUUUGGCAAAUGGGAAUUUGACCCAAUGAAGCUAAGUAAUCCAUUCCCAAAGUGUAGAAGUUCGUUUCACAUUUGGCACGGCUUUGAAGAUAAGGUUGUGCCCUCCGAACUCCAGAGAUUUGUUUCAGGGAAGCUGCCUUGGAUACAUUACCAUGAAGUUCCGGAUGGUGGUCAUUUAAUUAUAUACUAUAGGGGCUUGUGUGAGGCCAUUUUGAAAGCACUUUUACUUGGACAAGAAAAUCUUGCAUAUAGACCUACAGCCACCCUUAUUUGAAUCUUA